AUGAGAGGACUAGACACCAAAAGGUCAUCCUUAUCCAGCAUCGACCCAUCAGCACCAGAAGAGGGGUCGCCGUCGCCAACACCACCGAGAGCCCCUAAGGAGUUCAACAGGCCUUUCAGUCAACAUGUCUAUAAGGAACCAGCCCAGAACUUACGCUAUUCGCAGCCCGAGUUUGUUGCCUCGGGUAUAGCUUCAUAUAGUAAGAAAACUGAGAUCUCUCAAAUCAUACAAGCCGCUCCUAAGACCGAAAAUCCCCAGCCCAAGGAGCUGGAUGGAUCACGACACCCAAGAUCUUAUGGGUCACAUCAAAGAGACGAAUUCCAGUCAAGGUCGCAUGCACAGCAGUCCAGGGGCUGGCGUUUGGACAGCGCAGCGCUAUCUCUGGGGUACCAGAUCCGAUCCAAGUCGCAAAAUCAGCCAUUCACGGCCUGGAAGUACAGAGAUCCCAUGUACAUCCACCCAUAUCUGGGAACCCCGAGUUCAAUCCUGCAGACAUCGCCUGUCGACCGUGGACAGCGUUGUGCAAUGACUGUCAACAACAUCGUCACGCGAGCGCUCUUCGAGAUUCUCAAGUACCAGGAGCUAAGCUCGAUGCCUCUCGAGGGUGGAUUACAGGUGCAGAUUCUGAAAUCCGUCAAAGGCCUGCCAGGAUGUCAACUACAUCACUUCGCAGCCUUUAUCGAGGACAAACAGAUCCUCGUUGUGUGGGACGACGAUCCCAAGGCCAUCUUUGACCGCGCAAAGAGGCUUGAGAAGAAGGCCAUGGCCCUUGUCUGGCCGUCUGAGCAGCGCCGUUCGGUCGACAGUAUGGCGGCAGGUCAUGACAGCGAAGGCCACCGAACAAAAGAUGUCGGCGACCACAUUAUUUUCCUGGCUAUUGCGCCCAUCAAUCUCUUUAUUAGCUUGUUUUUCUUCUACUCGUUGGUGUCCAACUUCUUCUUGAUGCUGGGCUCAAGCGAGUCUGUCAAGAGCAACUCCAAGUACUACUCGGGAGAACGACCGCGGAGCAGUGCAUUGGCGUGGAAGGGUAGGCAUUUACCGCACGUUACGAUCCAGAUGCCGGUCUAUCGCGAAGGCCUGUCAGGAGUUAUCAAGCCAACAGUAUUGUCUUUGAAGACAGCUAUCUCCACGUACGAGAUGCAGGGUGGCACGGCCAGCAUAUUCAUCAACGACGACGGCAUGCAGCUUCUCUCUGAGAGCAAGGCACAAGAGCGACGAGACUUUUACGAUGAGCACAACAUCGGCUGGGUGGCAAGGCCAAAGCACAACCCACCAGGCUCGUCUCGUCCAUCAAGCAGUAUUUUUAAACAGCUCCAAAGGCCAUUGAAGGACAGUGAGGAAACAAUAAUAGAUGCGCAAUGUGACGGAAUUAGGCCUGGAAGUCCAUACUUCAUCCGACGUGGCAAGUUCAAAAAGGCGUCCAACAUGAACCAUGCGCUGCACAUCUCCAACUGCGUCGAUAAGAAGCUCGCAAGUGUGGACAGGUCGCAGGAAAUCUGGGGCUGGGCUUCGGAGAAUGUCGCAUACAACAGGUGUCUUGCUGAGACGCUGGCGGAGGAUCCACACGGCACAUGGGCCUCGGGCAAUAUCCGAAUGGGAGAUUAUAUCCUUGUUGUAGAUUCUGACACGAGGGUCCCUACCGAUUUUCUUCUGGACGGUGUUACCGAGAUGGACCAGUCUCCCGACGUUGCCAUAUUGCAGUACACUUCAGGGGUGUUGCAGCUGACAGACUCAUACUUUGAAAAUGGUAUCGCCUGGUUUGCGAACUUGAUAUACUCGGCAAUAACCUUUGCCGUUGCGUCAGGGGAUUGCUGCCCAUUCGUCGGCCACAACGCCCUGGUUCGUUGGUCAGCCAUCCAAGACUCGGCGGCAUACCACGACGAAGCAGACGGUCGCGAGAAAUACUGGUCAGAAUCUCAUGUAUCUGAGGACUUUGACAUGGCGAUGCGGCUACAGAUGGCCGGCUGGACCCUGCGCUACGUCGCGUACACCGGCACCAUCCCGGCCGCCGCCGAGCACGAUCCCGCGGCCAAAUCCUUCGCUGAGGGGCUCAGCCUGACCGUCUACGACGAGCUCGCGCGCUGGGAGAAGUAUGCCUACGGCUGCAGUGAGCUGCUUUUCAACCCACUGCGGCGGUGGCCGACCAAGGGGCCAUUCACUAGGCGGUUUGUCAGCUUCGUCCUGUCUCCCAACAUCCGGCUGCCGGUCAAGAUCACCGUCAUCAGCUACAUGGGCACGUACUACGCGGUUGCUGUCGCGUGGAUAAUUGCCCUGUUCAACUUCUUCUUCAUGGGCUUCUUUUCGGGACUGUAUCGGUCGUUUUAUCUCGACGCUUUCGCCAUCUACAUCUCGCUGCUUUUCGUGUUUCCUUUCAUGGGAAACGUCGCCCUCGCAGCGCAUCGAUAUCGGCUGGGACAGAAGAGCAUUGUGGGAGCUUUAUUGGAAAACUUCAAAUGGGUUCCCAUGUUUACAAUAUUCCUCGGAGGAAUCCCAAUCCACAUGUCGCAGGCCAUCGCCGCCCACCUCCUCGGCAUCGACAUGACAUGGGGCUCGACCGCUAAGGAGGUCGAGGAGGUCGGUUUUGUCGACGAGAUGGCUCGCGUGCUCCGCCGCUUCAGGUGGUCCUUCCUCAUGGUCCUCACCGGCGUCGCCCUCAUCCUCGUCUGCCGUUUCCUUCUGCCCACGCAGUGGCAGAUCACCGAGUUCUUUGCGAUAUUCCCGCUGGCCAUGGUUCUGUUUUGCCACGCUGCGCUUCCGAUUGUGCUGAACCCUGCCUUGAUGAGUUUCUCUUGGUGA